AUGCAAGCAGCAUUGCAGAAGAAGAUCGAACGACGGAAGAAGAAGGUUGAGAAGUCGGGCCAGGAGAAUCAAGUCAGCAAGGAGCCCGAUCAUGCUGAAAGCUCCCUUGAGAAGGUGGUAGACAAACAGAUCACCUCUGAGAACGAACCAGUCUCUCAGCCCGAGGUUGUUGACGAAAAUGUCGCGCCGCCGUCGGAAUCUGCCGGAGAUGUACAGCCGGACAAUCAUGCUGUGAACGCUGCCGACAAGGACAGAGUCGCAGAAAAUGCUCAAACUGCAGGCGAUCAAAGCUCUUGUGCGAACGAGGUCGAUGACACGCGGGAGGAUGUUUCCUCUGCACAGGACGUCAGGGAGGAGCCUGAGGCAGAGAUCGAGCACGAAAGAGCCCAAGAAGCGCAACCUGAGGUGGAAGCCGGCAAGACGACCAUGUAUGCCGAGGCGAAAGAGACAGCGGUGGAGACAGCACAUGAGCAGAGAGAGGAGGGAAAGCUUCCCUUGAAGAAACGUGAUCAUAACAAGCCAAAGACCUCGACCAACAUCCCAGCAAGCCAAUCAAACAAGCUUGAUGCGGAACUGGAGUCCAAACUUGCUGCACGCCGCAAGAAAGCGGAAACUCCGGAGGCGCGGGAAGCGCAGGGAGGUCUGCGCACUGGCUCUUUGGAUGCAGCGACGGAAGGCAAGCAGACGCUGAUUGAGUUUCUCAAGAAGAACGGCGAGAUCGAGCUAGAAGCUGUAGACAAGGACGAGAGAGAAAGUCCCUCCAAGUCAAUAAGCAAAGCUGCAAACACGACAAAAUUUUCGUCAAAGAACCUCGGAGGUGAUCAACAGGAGCUUGUUGACUACUCGCACUUGCUCAUAGGACAUGAUGUGAACGGAAUGCUGUCAUAUCUGCAAGACUCGAUGGCAGGUGAAGCGAAUCUCCAAGACACCAAUAUGACAGUCGACGACAUCCUGAGGGAUCUUGAGGACCAUGGAGUCCUUGGGCAGAGCGAUCUGCUACAAGAGGAGACUGAGGCAGACGUUUCCGAGCUCCAUGCUAAUGAAAGCAACGGCCCGGAGGUGCCUGUCAUGUGGAGCAACACCGCCUCCGAGGUGCAGAGGAGGAACAACGAGUGCAUGGAGUCGGGAGAGUUCAAACUGGAGGAAUACAACUUCCGUGUAAGCCACCCGGUGACGUCGAGCAAUCGCACAGUCGACAAGACAGAGGAAUACGACGGUCCUCCCUGCGGCGUUGGGAUCGUUCUGCGCAGCAGCUCUCGGGACCUCCAGGGGACUUUCAGGACUCACAGGAGAUGGGUCGUCGAAGUUGAAUCCGUGGUGCCCGGGAGCGCGGCGGACAAGAGCGACAAGAUAUUCCCGGGAGAUGUGCUGCUCUCAGUGAAGAAUGCCGGGGAUAAGGUUGCCACUGCUGUGUCGAACAGGCUGGAAGGCGCAAAGUCCUUGAUAGUCGGGCCGCCCGGCAGCAUCGUCGUUCUCAAGAUGACGAGGGGCAGGAACAUCAAGGAUUACAUGCAGAGCUCCUUCGACGUGGCGUUGCGACGAGAGCUGCUCAUGCCGGUGCCCCAGGAGGAGGAGGGACGUUCGCCAGGCAGCGAUGACAAGCAGAUCAGCAACUUGAGGCUUCCGGACCCGAGGGAGAAGCUCGAGAGCAUCAACGGGCUUCUCUUCUCCAACUUGUCCGACCGUGAAGUCCAGAAACUCUUGUGCGGCCCGCAGGACUCAUACGUGGAGGUGACGGUCAAGAGAGCGGACGGCACAUCCAGGAGGGUGAAUAUCAAGCGCCAGCCGCCAGCAUGCUCGGUCAAGUUCAUCAAGGACCUUCUCCUGUCCAAUGCAGCUUCUCCUCCAAGGCCGAAGCAGCAAGCCCCUCCUGGUCCUCAGCAGCCGACCCUGUUGGGAUCUCGCACUCUCGCUCGCUUCAACACUGCGCUGGUGCAGAACCUGACUUCGAGCAGAACGAAGCUGAUGGGGUCGGUGGGCGAGAGAGUCUCCGGGCUGUGGAGCAGCUUCUCCGAUCAGCAUAAUAAUGAGGACAACAGCAAGGAGCAGGAGCAGCCAGAGAAGCCAGCAGAAGACAAGCAUCCUCCUUCUGCGGCUCCUUCGUUGCAACAAGAGAACUUGAACUUGUCGUCGAGGCAUGAGAAGGAAUCUGACGAUGCGAAGCUGCUUGAAGAUCGUCAGCAGCAGCAGGGAGGGAGGAAGGAAGAUGAAGCGACUGGCAGCACCGGUGACCACCUGGAGGACCUUGACGUUCAGCCACUGAGAGAUUUCCUCAAGAAGCACCAUCUCGAAUCUCUGCUUCCGCGUCUCGUGAACGAGCUUGGAGUGACUUGCCUCGAGGACGUGUAUGAGUUCGUCGAUGAGAAUCUUGUCUCUCAGCUUCAACUUCCUCCAGUUCAGCACAAGAAGUUCUGUCAGCUCAUCGCAGCUGAAAAGUCCGGGAGGAAAGAAGAAGCCAAGGAAGCAGAGAAGAAGGUUGCACCAGAACAAAAGCCAAGCAAGUCCUCGGAAAAGGCGCUGCUUGCCAAAAAGAUUCUGAUGGAGCGAGAGGAGAGGAAGCGACUCAGAAAGCUCGAAGAGCAGAGAGAUGUUGAGAGGAAGGAGCAGGAGCGGCAAGCCCUCCAGCAGCAGCAGCAGCAGCAGCGGCAGCAGCAGCAGCAGCAGCGGCAGCAGCAGCAGCAGCAGCAGCAGCAGCAGCAAGUCGAAGCCCCGACGAGUGACGGGGAGAGACUCAGCCGGUCGAACAUGGCGAGCGUGGGGACCUGCGUUGCUCUCUUCGACUACAACGCGCAGGCGGAGCAUGAGAUGUCGAUCAGGGAGAAGGAGGUCAUCUCCAUCCUCAGGAAACAUCCUUCCGGCUGGUGGGAAGGAUGUGCGAGCACCGGCGUAAGCGGCUGGUUUCCUUCGACGUUCGUGAAGGAGGUGACGGAUGGAAUUCCUCAGUUGAAGUCCGAGGCUGCGCCAGCCACUGGUAGUCAAGGGGAGGGAGAAGAGUCCAAGGAGCAGGAGGAAGUAGUCGAAGAAGUACAGGAAGAGGAGACUCCUGCUACGACAUUGGCAGCUGAAGUGAAGGAUGAGGAACAAGUUGAGGUCGCCCAUGAGCAAGAGGAGACGACGAUCGUACAUGAAGGUGCUGGAGCGUAA